AGAUAAUCAUUUACUAACUAAUUAUUAACUAAUAUUAGACGACAAUAGCUGUGGUUUAUGGUGGUGAUGGCGUGUGUUUAGUCACUUACAGCUAGCUGGUGGCAAUUUAUCAUGGUUAAGCAUAGAGAUCCUCCUAAUUCUAUAUGGUUAAGAUCCAGUUUUAUGCUAAUUAAAACACAUGACCAAUAUUUGUCUAGAGAAACUCAAACACCACAAACUGUUUUCAAACUGUAAUCAACAGUGUAUUCAUUUCAUGUUUUGGUGUGUUCUAUUGUCUGCAUGAAUGAGAAUGAUAUUGCUUUCGACAAGGGGGUAAAGAAAGAUGAGGGUUUGUGUAGAGUGCACACACAUCCUCUUGUGGUCAUGUUGCUAUGGCAAGACUUCCUGUGCAGUCAGGAAGUGGCAGUCACAGCAAAGCAAGUAGGUUCAGAGAAGAACAUUACCGGAACCCUUCUUCAGUGAUCUAUCAAUGUCUCUCUUGGAAUCUUUCAAUUAACCGAAGCGAUAUGGCAAUGUUCCUAACACAUAAAAACCUUGGAAUACCGAAUGGACGUGCAAGUCUGGCAGUGUCGGACGGAGAGCUGAAUGUGGUACCAGAGGAACGUGGAGCCAGUGUGGGCCUGUGUUCCAGCAGUAACUCCAGUCUCCCCACCGUGCCCAGUGAUGGAGCCAGUGGUGUGGGGAAGGUGGCCAGCUGGGCUGUGAGCUUUGAGAGGCUACUACAGGACCCAACUGGUGUCCUCUACUUCACGGCUUUCCUGAAGUCGGAGGUCAGUGCUGAGAACAUCUUAUUUUGGCAGGCAUGUGAAAAGUUCAGACAGAUCCCAGCCAAUCAGAAAGAGAAGUUAAACCAGGAGGCUCGCUCCAUCUACAGCAGUUACCUCUCAGGCAGUGCCUCCCAUCCCAUCAACAUUGAUGACAAAGUCCGCAUCGAGGAGUGGGAAGUGAGAAACCCUCACCCUGACAUGUAUCACAAGGCUCAACAACAGAUCUUCAAGCUGAUGAAGUUUGACAGCUACACACGCUUUGUUCGCUCCCAGCUCUAUCAGAGCUGCAUGUUGGCCAAUGUAGAGGGCAGGCCUCUACCAGAGCUGGGCCCCCGCUCGAAGAGCACAGCAACCAGAAAGACUGCCGGGACUGACAUCCCCUCUCAUAGUGACAGACCCAAGGCUGACCAGAAACCCAAAGAGAAACCAAAGGUCAAACCAGGAAAGUCUCUACCUUUGGAUUUGGACGAGGGAGCAGAGAAGAGAAAAGGAGCCCCACAGAACAAGCUGACCAGAGAGAAAGGACAGGAAAAGAGGGGAUCGUGGGGAGCUGAGCUUGCUGACCAUGCUGCAGUCUUACAGAGCACAACCAGGUCGGGAUCCCUCCUCAAUGCAGCAGAGAAGUUGGAGAAGGAGCGUUGGCGUGCGGGCCAGGCAGAGAAGUACUGUUGUGUGUUCCUACCUGACGGCACUGCAUCCCUGGCUCCAGCCCGACCUGGCCUCUCUAUCCGCACUAUGCUCACUGGGCUCUGUGAGAAGAGAGGCCUCCCCCUCUCGGAUGUCAUAAUCUACCUGCAGGGCAAGGACAAGAAGCCCCUCUCUCUGGAUCAGGACAGCUCAGUUCUGAAGGAGCAGCAGGUCUUCCUGGAGCUCAGAGUGACUUUUGCGGUGGAGAUAGUGUCCACAGGGAAGACAGUGGGUAUUGUGGUAAAGUCCAGCAAGUCUCUACAGGAAGCACUGACCCCAGUGCUCCAGAAGCAACGUCUGCGACCACAGGACGUCAUAGUCACCAUGAGUGGGAGCAAAGAGUCCCUAAGCAUGAGCACGGCCGUAACCUCCCUGGCCGACAAAAAGAUAACACUGGACAGAGUGAAAGGUACUGAGCAGAGCAGCAGCUCAAUGGUGUGUGGUAGCUCCUCGGGCCCUGUGUUUCAGGGAAGAAGAUCAGCUGUUGUAGAGAUGGAUACUAGCUCCCUCUUUAGUGCUGACAGAGUCCGGACCAACACCAGGCUGAGAAACCCUGCUGCUAGAAGAACCUAUGACAUGGAUGGUCUGAUGGAACUUCUGUCCAGAGCCCAGUGCUGCAGUGUGGACGAUCAGAGAGGCCUGCUGAAGAAGGAGCAGCUGUGGCUUCCUCAGUUCCUACAGCUCCCUCUGGCUGAGGAGCAGGACCAGGAGGAGGAGCAAGGGAAAAGAGGAGGAGGAAUGCGGGGUCAGGAUGGACUAGGGCUCACCGAGACAGAGCUGGGGCCAUCUCCUGUCCACUUCCAUGCCUUCCCGGAGCCCUUUCAGCUUCCCUCUGGGCCUCCACUGCAGUUCUCAGACACAGGAGAGGGAGGGGAGGAGCAGACCAGACCACCCUCCUCAGACAGCCAGCUCUCAGACCCUGACCCUGGCCGCGAGACUGUGGUGUGACCGAGGGAAAAGAGAAAUGCUGUGGAUGAAUGGAUUAUGAAUUAGCCUGGGUACAAGUCUGUUUAGCAAACAUUCCUCUGUCAUUGCUAAACAGACUGGUACCCAGGCUAGUUAGGAAUGGGUGUUUUACCUUAUUUAUUAAGCUGAAUUACAGUACUGUGCCUUCGAUUGCCUCAUGUUGUUUACCUGACCUUUGGUGUGAACUGACAUUUUCACUUUGCUUAAAGGCUCAGUGCAGUCAGAAAUGUGAUUGUCCUGUGUUUUAUAUAUAUUUCCACAUGAUGAAGUUGGAAUAAUACUGUGAAAUUAUGAUAAUGCCCUUUUAGUGCAAGAGCUGUUUGAAAAUACCUGAAAUUGCCUUCCAUGUUGACAUCACCAUGCAGUAAAUUAGUUAAUAGACCAAUAAGAAAGAGUUCCAAACCUCUCUGCCAAUAACAGCAAAUGUUCAAUUUUCCCCUCCCCACUCAUACCAGUCCUAGCUAAAUUCUUGCUUGAGAAAUUACUCCUUUGUAAGAAGCUAUUUUUGUUUCUUUUUUUACCAUUUUAAUUGAAAACAAUCACAGUAAGGAACUUAACUGUUACCCCCAAAAAUGAUUUGAUAUAAAAAUGUUUGCAUCGGACCUUUAAAUGCACAGUAUAAAUGGUUACCUAUAGUGUCUGGAUGUUUUUACUGUUGCUCUGCUGUUUAUUUUGCCUGGGAGAUAAUAAAUUGAUGUAUUGAUAACCUA